AUGAGUUUAAUUGAAAAAGCUGAUUUGUCGGGUGAAAUAUUACUAACAAUAAUUGACUUCGAACGUCAUUUUGAAGUGUUAUCAUUUUGUGUGUUUAUCAAAAUAACAAAGGAUCGCUUAGAAAUAGUAAACAAUCUGUUAGAACAGGUUGUUUUGACAAAAAAUCGUAAAAACACUUUGAAUAUACGAGACAUUAAGAGUUUCAAGAAUCAGAAUGACAAUUUAUAUGGAAAAUUUCAAAUAAUUAACGAAUCUAUAAUUCGCAGUUUAGCUACUAGUAACGAUUUAAUCGGUGAAGUAUGUGAUGAAAUUAAUAAAGUUUACAAAUUCCAAAUACUUAAGGCGUUGUUCACUACAUUUGUAUACAUCAUAAUCACUAUAUGGUCAUCAAUUUACUAUAUACGAACUUCCGACGUUUCCAAUACUUUACCCCGUAUUGUGUUAAUAUCUUUGUUUGAUAUCAUGUCAGUUUGUGUUAUGUCUUACACGUGUGAAGUUAUCCUUCUGAAGCGCAAGUCCACUAAGAUCUUAGUGAACGAACUUAUCAUGGACUACGACCUUACUAGACAAAUGCGUAUCCAGGCGAAAGCGUUCAUGGAACUAAUUGAAGUGUGGCCAUUACAGAUAUCUGCGUACGACAUGUUUACUAUAGACAUUAAGUUAAUAUUAAAGUUUAUAAGCGUUUCGACAACAUAUCUGAUAGUUAUAAUUCAAGUGUCACAUUUUCUCUAA